AUGUUUAAAUUAUAUUUUCUUAUAUUCACUAUCUUUGCUACAAUUUUGACGACCAACGGUGACGAUGAAGCACUGGUCGAGUCUAUCGGCGAAGAAUUUUCUACGGAAAAUUCAAAUGCUAGAAACGGAAAAUUGUUAUGGUCUGGUUUCACACAUCCAGCGAUUAAUAUGUUUAUGAAUGUGGCCGAAACGUUUUAUGGAGGGCAAGGUUCAGGAAAAAUAUUCGAUUUUCUUCGGGACUCGUACGAAUUACCAGGAGGGUUAUCUGAACCAUAUUCGGAGUAUGACUUCAUCAUAAUCGGUGCUGGUUCUGCAGGCUGCGCUCUUGCCGAACGAUUAUCGAAAAAUAGGAACACGACAGUCCUUCUUAUGGAUGUUGGAAAACCGGAAAUGCUCUUUACUGACAUCCCGGCCAUGUCUCCCUACUUUCAAUCAACUGACUAUUCAUGGGACUAUUAUAUGGAACAUCAACCGGGAGUUUGCAAGGGUAUGACGAAUGAACGAUGCUACUGGCCGCGGGGUAAAGCUGUAGGAGGAACCUCAGUGAUCAAUUAUAUGAUCUACACGCGAGGUAGACCCAAGGACUGGGAUCGCAUCGCAGCUGAUGGUAAUUAUGGAUGGUCGUAUGAUGACGUAAUAAAAUAUUAUGUUCAGCUAGAAAAGGCAUACUUAGACGGACUCGAGAAACAGCCGCACAGAGGUACAGAAGGUGAUAUGCCUGUAGAGUUUGUGCCUUUCAAGACGAAGCUCCUAAAGACGUUCUUAGAAGCAGGUACACUACUCGGACAUCCUACGGUUGACUACAAUGCACCUGAAGAAUUAGGCUUCGGACCAGUUCAAGUUACGAUCACAAGAGGGCAUCGGCAGAGCGCUGCAAAAGUAUUUCUUCACCCACACAAAAACCGGCGCAACUUACACAUUUUGCCAGAGACUAGAGCGACUAAAAUCCUUAUUGAUCCCGAUACAAAAACUGCUUACGGCGUUGAAUACGUGCGCAACAAAAUGAUACACACGGUUCACGCCCGAAAAGAAGUCAUUCUGUCAGCUGGUCCGAUUGCUUCGCCGCAACUCCUUAUGCUUUCUGGUGUAGGCCCCAAAGACCAUUUAAACGACAAAGGAAUAUCCGUAAUACAAGAUCUACCUGUAGGUCGUGUACUGUACGAUCACAUCUGCUUUCCUGGAUUAGUCUUUGCUCUUAACACAACUGAUGUUGCAUUUAUAGAAAACAAAGGUCUAACCUUAUCCGAAGUACUUGAAUGGUUACGAAACGGUGACAAUAUAUUUGCGUCCCCGGGAGGUGUAGAAGCAAUUGGGUAUAUAAAAACUCAUGUCUCCGAUGAUCCAGAUCCAACCGUCCCUGAUAUAGAAUUAAUAGAUAUUGGAGGCUCUUUCCUUUCUGACGGUGGUCUGGGUGGCAGCAAGGCAAUACGUCGAGGAAUGAGAAUAUCAGAGGCUCUGAUAGACGAGGCGUUCGGCUCUAUCGACGGUAAGGACACUUGGAGCGCCAUACCUAUGCUGCUCCAUCCGAAGUCUGUUGGGCGUUUGGAAUUAAAAGAUUCGAACCCUUUUAGUAAUCCAAAAAUGAUUGGAAACUACUUCACAGUCCAUAAAGACGUUGAAACAUUUGUUGCGGCCAUACGUCACAUACAAAGGCUCGUACAGACUCCGCCAUUUCAACAAUUCGGCGCCAAAUUAUACAACGGGCACCUGAGAACAUGCCGAGAAUUCGAGUUCGAUACUGACGAAUACUGGGAGUGUGCGUUACGUACCCUAACUGCUACAUUACAUCACCAAAUAGCCACAUGUCGAAUGGGACCUGAAAAUGAUUCUCUUGCUGUUUUAAACCCCGAGUUACAAGUUCGUGGUAUUAAGAACCUGCGAGUAGUAGAUACUAGUAUUAUACCAAGGACGAUUUCCGCUCACACCAAUGCACCAGGAAUGAUGAUAGGAUUAAAAGGAGCAGAUAUAAUAAAACAUUUUUGGAAUAUUAGUUAA